UUAAAUUCGACGAAGGAGACGCUUCACAUGCGGACCUUCUUCCACAACAUUUAGCUUGUUUACAACCCGAUAUUACAAAUUAAUUAUACAUCUCCAGAUACCGCAACGCACGCGGGGGAGAACCAUGGCAUCCAGCUGUCGACGGCCUGAACACACAGCUCCUCCAGAUGUGUUCUACAAUGAAGAGGAGGCGAAGAAAUACUCCCAGAACUCUCGAAUGAUUGAGAUCCAGACCCAGAUGUCAGAGAGAGCCGUCGAGCUUCUGACCCUGCCAGAGGGACAGCCGUGCUUCCUGCUAGAUGUGGGGUGUGGCUCUGGUCUCAGCGGAGACUACCUGUCAGAGGAGGGGCACUACUGGGUUGGCAUCGACAUCAGCACCGCAAUGCUGGAUGUUGCUUUGGACAGAGAAGUAGAAGGAGACCUCUUACAGGGGGACAUGGGCCAGGGGAUGCCUUUCCGACCCGGCACCUUUGAUGGUUGCAUAAGUAUUUCUGCCCUGCAGUGGCUCUGUAAUGCUGAUAAGAGGACACACAGUCCUCCAAAGAGACUCUAUACCUUCUUUACUACUCUGUACUCUUCUCUGUCAAGAGGCUCACGUGCAGUUUUUCAGCUUUAUCCAGAGAACUCAGAGCAGCUUGAGCUUAUCACGACGCAGGCCAUGAGGGCAGGUUUCAGUGGAGGCAUGGUCGUGGACUAUCCCAACAGCAGCAAGGCUAAAAAGUUCUUCUUGUGUCUUUUUGCUGGAGUAACAGGAGUCCUUCCCAAAGGAUUGGGAUCAGAAACAACAGACAAAGCUGUUCCAAACCAGGUCCAGUAUUCGGGACAAAGAUGCCGGUUCAAAAACAUGAGGGGCAAAUCGUUGAAGACGGGACGAGAUUGGAUAUUGGAGAAGAAGGAGAGGAGGAGAAGACAGGGACGGCAGGUUCGAGCUGACACAAAAUACACCGGACGCCAGAGAAGACCUCAUUUCUAGCUCUGACUCAUGCAGCUGUACCUUCAUUAGGUCUCGUCCGUGCCACCCCACACACGGCCACCUCUGGAGCCGCAGAGUGUUUGGACUCUGUUAAAUCCUCAACUCUUUAAUUCAAGCGGAUGAGAGAGAGAGUGAAAUGCAAGAGUGAGACGCUAUUACGAUCAGUCGUUUUUACAUUUGAGUGUUUGGCAAAUUGAUUCUCACGCACGGUGGUAAGACUGCACUCUCCAUGUUUCAUGCCAGCUGGUAAAUAUCCAGUACAUGACCAGACAUGUACAGCUCACUGGUGGCACAGCGACAACAAGUGUCAUAGAAUUAAAACAAUUUUGAUAAAUUAUGAAAUGUCAUCCUCCAUUUGUGAUCAGCUGUUGAUUGUUUUAUCUGCAAUAUUUUCCCAAUUAAAACUAAACAAAAACAUGUAUUUUUAUUGAAA